CAAUUGAAUUUCCAAUUUGCCCUUCUCAGGGGCAUAAUUAUCCCUUUUUACUCUCAAAACUCUCUCGACCCUCGUAUCCCUUCUCUCCUUCUAUCUCAAACGCAGGUCCGCUUCUUCCUCCCUCUUCAAACCCUAAACCUAACCUAUCCUCCCUCCGGAGCUCUCUUCCUUCGGAUUCGAAAUGAAAGGCGGAAAAUCGAAGUCGGAGUCGAAGAAAGCAGACACCAAGCUUGCAGUGAAGAAAGGUGCAGCCAACGCGGGCAAAAAAGGAAGUAAGAAGGCAGCGAAAGAUCCUAACAAGCCCAAGAGGCCCGCCAGUGCCUUCUUCGUUUUUAUGGAAGAGUUCAGGAAGAAGUUCAAUGAGGAGAAUCCGAAUAACAAAGCAGUGUCUGCUGUUGGUAAGGCUGCUGGACAGAAAUGGAAAUCGAUGUCAGAAGCUGAUAAAGCACCUUACGUUGCCAAGGCUGACAAGAGGAAGGUUGAAUAUGAAAAAGUUAUGAAGGCCUAUAACAAGAAACAGGCCAGUGGAGCCAAUGCUGCAGAAGAAGAUGAAUCUGAGAAAUCAGUGUCUGAGGUGAAUGAUGAUGAGGAAGGAGAUGAGGGCAGCGAAGAGGAGGACGAUGACGAGUGAUAAAGAUGUAGAUGAUAGCAACGUCAUUUAGGCUCUCAGUGUACUUGAUCUUUCCAUAAUAAUGGUGUGAUCAUUUCCUGUUAAUUUGUUUUGUUAUAUCAUGAAAAUAUUUUAGUAUCUCCCUGUUAUUUUGUUUGUGCAUUCAGUAACGGAAGGUUGUAUUGGGAGAUCAUCUGUCUUGUACCUUACAAUGUUAGUUAUCCAAUCCAACUAUCUUUUUUUUCCCUUA